AUGUCUGGCCCUGUUGCGGAUCUGGGCCUCAUCGGCCUCGCUGUCAUGGGACAGAACCUUAUUCUGAACAUGGCUGACAACGGCUUCACCAUCUGCGCUUUCAACCGAACCGUCUCCAAGGUCGACCGAUUCCUCGAGAACGAGGCCAAGGGCAAGUCCAUUGUUGGCGCCCACAGCGUCGAGGAGUUCGUCAGCAAGCUCAAGUCUCCCCGCCGUGUCAUGCUCCUGGUCCAGGCUGGCCAGGCUGUCGACGACUGGAUCGAGAAGAUCCUCCCUCUCCUUGACGAGGGCGACAUCAUCAUCGACGGUGGUAACUCCCACUACCCCGACUCCAACCGCCGCACCAAGUACCUUGCCGAGAAGAAGAUCCGAUUCGUCGGUUCUGGUGUCUCCGGUGGUGAGGAGGGUGCCCGAUACGGCCCCUCCAUCAUGCCCGGUGGUAACGAGGAGGCCUGGCCCCACAUCAAGGACAUCUUCCAGAGCAUCUCCGCUAAGAGCGAUGGCGAUGCUUGCUGUGAGUGGGUUGGCGACGAGGGUGCUGGUCACUACGUCAAGAUGGUCCACAAUGGUAUUGAGUAUGGUGACAUGCAGCUCAUCUGCGAGGCUUACGACAUCAUGAAGCGCGGUCUCGGCCUCUCCAGCAAGGAGAUUGGCGAUGUCUUCGCCAAGUGGAACAAGGGUGUUCUGGACUCUUUCCUGAUCGAGAUCACUCGCGACAUCAUGUACUUCAACGACGACGAUGGCACUGCCCUCGUCGAGAAGAUCCUCGACAAGGCCGGCCAGAAGGGUACCGGCAAGUGGACCGCCGUCAACGCCCUCGACCUCGGCAUGCCCGUCACUCUGAUCGCCGAGUCUGUUCUCUCCCGAUGCUUGUCCGCCAUCAAGGACGAGCGCGCUACUGCCUCCAACAAGCUUGAGUUCGUCAGCCGAACCACCAAGUUCGAGGGUGACAAGGAGCAGUUCCUCGAGGACCUCGAGCAGGCCCUCUACGCCUCCAAGAUCAUCUCCUACGCUCAGGGCUUCAUGCUUAUGCAGGAGGCCGCUCGCGAGUACGGCUGGAAGCUUAACAAGCCUUCUAUUGCCCUCAUGUGGCGAGGUGGCUGCAUUAUCCGAUCCGUCUUCCUUAAGGACAUCACCCACGCCUACCGCACCCAGCCUGACCUCCAGAACCUCCUGUUCGACGACUUCUUCAACAAGGCCAUCCACAAGGCUCAGCCCGGUUGGCGAGACGUUAUUUCUAAGGCUGCCCUCCUUGGUAUCCCUACUCCCGCCUUCUCUACCGCUCUGUCUUGGUUCGACGGUUACCGCACCAAGGACCUCCCCGCCAACCUUCUCCAGGCUCAGCGUGACUACUUCGGUGCCCACACCUUCCGCAUCAAGCCCGAGCACGCCAGUGAGAAGUAUCCCAACGGCCAGGACAUUCACGUCAACUGGACUGGACGUGGUGGUAACGUCUCCGCCUCCACCUACCAGGCUUAA